AUGCCCAGCACUGGUGGUAUUGUGAUCAAGAUGAUUCCAGCUGCCCCAGUUGCCUCAAAACCACCCCGCUUUGAGUUGCUCCUCGAGGAAAUGCUCCAGAGUGACGACGAGACGACGGAAGAUGAAGUAGACCCUGACAAUGAGGGCGACACUCACACUCGCAUGGUCAACAUGCGCAUCAGACGGCACCUGCAGAUAGUAUGGAGGGGCAUUCACCAAAUUGGUUCAGACACCUCAGAGUUGUCGUGCACUCGCGAUGAUGGCGCAUGCAUGCAGCCAACAAAAGACGACAAUGGGCAGAAUGGGGAGCAGCGCAGUGCAAUGGAAACAUGGGAAGGCAGGUGGGAUGCGAUCCAUCAGGCGAUGGCAGAGGCACAUGGUAGCUGCAAUACAGUAUGGUGGAUAAUCAAGCUUGCCCGGGCACUGGAGCUGGAGGCGAAAAAUAUUACCAUUGACUGCCUAACCUUCGACGACCACAGCUCCAAAUCGAAGCAGAGAUGCAUCAAGUCAGAGAUGAGUAACCUGGAGGAUAUGUCGCAUUGUGUCAUGAAGUUAGGAUUCGACAUUCUCAAACACAGCGAUACCAGCCUCAGGCGCAACAGGGAUCAGAAAGGGGCAAGAUUGAGGACAAAGUGUAUUUGGGAACUCAUAAAGUUGUGCAGCAAGAUGGCGGACUCGGUGUAUGUUGUACUACAGGAUUCUGUGGACUGGUAA